CCUACCUCUUCGGAAGCAGCGGAGAACUUUGUUAAGUUUUCUCUUCCAUUAACAGCUAUGUACAAAAUUGAUACCAUUUAUGGCAAACUUACAGCUUCAGAAGUUUAGAUUUGUUCUCUUAAUUAUUGUACUCUGCUAAACUUUAAUAUUCUCGGUUUUCAACAUAAGGAGUUUUCCAUUAUCCGAAGGAAGUUUCAAGCCAUUUUAGUCAAAAAACGAAACCAAAAGUAUAAGAAAGAUGUAAAUCAAUUUGAUUGUUUAUGCCGUAACAUCCUUCCAUGACCGUAAGCUUUUUACAGGCUUCUUGUGAAAUAUGAUCAGAACUCUAGUGUCCCAUUUUUAUGCAAUAUCUCUGAAGAACGAAUCGAAUAAGCUAUUUGUUUUGUUACUGACAACAUACUUUUGUGGUUGCUACUGUUUGGAUUGCUUUAAAUGUGUUUCUGUGGGCGGAGAUAAUCAACCCUGUGAAGAUCCCUUCCAUAAUAAUUAUACUACAGACAUACUCGAGGCUCCAUGUUGGGCCGGAAGAAAACAAAGAGAUGGAGUUUUUCCCGCCACAGCUUGUAUCAAACUUUCUGGAGUGUAUGAGGAUACUGGUGAAAAAAUGAUUAUCCGAGGAUGUGCCCUAGACAGUGGAACUCUGACCAUCGACACAGAAAUUGUGAGAAUGAGUCACUGUGGAGGAUUUUACUUUGGAGAUCGUUAUGUAAGCGGCUGCCUCCAAAGUUGUUCGGAAGAUGCUUGUAAUUCAGCUUCAUUUUCCAAAACAUGUCCUCUUUUAUUAAGUUGUUUUAUUAUUUUCCUUUUCCUAAAAUGGGUAAAGGAUUAAAAAACGAUCUCUGAGAAGCUAACUAUGUAAUUAUAUUCACAUCCAAGCGAUCAUCAUCUUCCCUUCACGACUAAGCUAAUUUGUAAUAACUGUACAGAACACGAACUCCAGUAACUACUUUUAUACCACACAAGUGAAAAAACUGUUGAAAAUCUUUUCCCUAUAAAUAUAGUUUUUUAGAAAUUCAGCUUAGAACAGAUGUAUCUGUCAUUGUAGCAAAAUGCUGUACUGAUUCUUCCAUAAAAUAACCUGUAAGACGUUAUAUGCUGAAAUCUUUUAAAGACAUUUCUUUGAAGUCUCAAUUAAUGUUCUUUAAAAGCAUGGUAUCUAAAUAACAAUUUUUUUAUCACAACCUUUUCACAAUUUGCACAAGUAACUUUAAUUACAUCACUUAAAGUACAUUUUAGCAUUGACUUUUAUUACUUUUAGAAUAUAUAUCUAAUUAGCAGUAGAAAUCUGUAAUAUAGCAAAUAGCAAGUAGAAAUUAUGUGUAAAUAGAAAUAUCUCGUUACUAUUGCCCAUAAUUUAUCUUUUUAGUCUCUACUAGUAAGAAAAUAUUAUUUGUAUUAUUUUCUUUCUUACUUGUAAGUGAAAAUGUGCACGUAAUCCUUUCUGAGGAAGAAGCCUUACUUUUUAACGAAGAAUUUCUGAAUAUAUAAAUUUCUCAUAAGCUAGAAAUUCGAACCUGGACCAAAUUACCAGUAUUCAGCUACUUUCCCAUUCGGCCGCUGGUGGGCCUCUAAGAAACAAGAGAACAAACAAAAUAUAUAAUAGAAGCUUGCAUUCUAUAAUUUUUAUAAAAUAAAUAUAUAUAUAUACUUAUAUGUUUUAAAUAGGUGUUUAUAGUGAGUACUAGAUAUAGUAUUUCUUUGUUCAGUCUAAUGUAUGCAUGAAAAUAAUUGCUAUAAAAUAUUUACAAUUGUGAAUUUUAUUUUAUUCCUCUGCUUUUUAUAUUUAUUCUAAAAAUGCCUUAAAUUAGGAAAUCAGGAUAGAUCAAGUAUAUAUUUAUUUCAUAAACUGUAAGGAACUAAAACGUGUAAGGUAGACAAAAUGUACUUUUUACAUAGAUUUCUUAGCUUCUUUCCCUUGUAGAAUAAGCUAAAGUACAUGUUAGUUCUAAACUGAGGCAACGUAAUAAGAUGCAGAUAAAGACUUACUAACUUAACAUCGUUAAGGUGAACUGGAGACUCUGUUCUGGAGAAUUUAAAUUCUAACAGCCUAAACAAGAAACCUUGGAUGAGAUGUAUACAAAAAGAGAAUAUUUUAGCAGACUUCUUCGUAAAUUUUUCAUCUCUUUCAGUAAAAAUUAGUAUUUUUUAAAUUUGUAUUAUAUUCCUUCCUAUUUCUUCUAUCAGUCUUUUAUACAAGAAGUGAAAAUUUAAUAUGGUAUAUAUGCAAGAGAAAUAGAAAGAAAUUAUUUUUAAGGGAACUCAUUAUUUCAAAUCAUUACACAAAAUAUAAAAAAGUAAAUUGCAUCAAAGCCAGUCUAUUAUAAAAUGUGUAUAUGUAUGCAAUUAUUUUUUAAGCAAUGCAACUUUUGAAUUUUACACCUGUGCAUCCAUGGUUUAGAUGCAAGGGGAAAACAUUAAGAAGAUAAUAUUCUGAGUUUAACUUAAAAUAUAAAUAAAUAAAACAAAUAAUUGGUUAUGUACUUCCAAAUUUAAGGAGAUUUUUGCAUGCGAACAUUAUUACACACUUAACAUCUUUCUCUUUUAUAAGCAUCAUACAUAUACAUACUAUAUAGUAUUCUAUAUUAAACUACUGCACACAUACACACAAUAAUGUAUAAAUAUUGCUCUUUAAAGUGAAAGUGUGUAUUUACACAUGCUGCUGUUUGAAGAUUUAUAACUACGGAUUUUCUAUUAAGUUUACUUUUGAAUCCUUUUUACUAUAUCGAUAGGUUGUAAUUACAGAUUGAGCUUUGAUAUUUAUGUGAAAUAUGUAAGAAAAUAAACUUAUUUGACUAAAUUUUAUGAAUUAAAAUCUAUGUAAAAAAUAAAGCUAUUUUUAAAAAUUA